GACACAUUGGGGGACUCACAGUGAUGACAAAGAUGGUCUUCAAAGUGGCGCAAACGAGGACAAAGAUGCCGGCGCUCAGAACGAGGGUGGAACCGAUCUUCUCGACCAGACGGAGGCGGGAACCCCAGAGAAGAGGAAGGGGAAUGACAAUAAGGUAGAUGUCGGAUGUGACGUUCGCGGCGAAGGAAGCCCAGACGAUGGGACCGGCGAUGGCGGGCUGGCAACUGUUGCCUGGGUUGGGGUUGAUCUGCCAGUAUUUGUGGAAGGGCAUGCAGCCGACGAAGACGGCCAGGACGGAGGCGAGCCAGCCGGCGAUGAUAAUCACGAACCCAGCGUGGACGCGCAUGCGGUAACGACGACCGAGUCCGUUCUAGACAGAGUCAGCAAUCGUCGUUCGUACCCAGGCGAGCAACCUGGGUGAAGAAGGGAGGCAUACCGUCAAUCGCAGGUAGAAGAACAACAUGGCCAGCUUGAGGACCAGCAUCAGGGUCGAGUAGGAGGUCCAUCCCAUCACCUGGACCUUGGAACCGAUGACUCUCCUGUCCCAUUCUGGGUCACUGGGAAGCAGCGACAUCCGCUGCUCAUCCGUCAUGCCGUUGUUUGCCAGGCCUUGGGCAAGGUUGCCGAUUUGGUAGCCCAGACAUGCUUGGAGGGUGUAGAGAAGCUGGUGUUGGGCAGCGAUGAUCAGUAUCGAGACGCAGCUGAUGUUGGGUUCAUGUUGGGAGGUGACCUACAACUGCCACCCACACGAGGUAGUCGUCUGUUUCAAAGUUGGAGAAGCCAACCUGGUCAAAGCGAGAGUACGUACGCAGAGCCGUGGUGCAUACGCCUAUCGCAUACAGCGUCCAGAGAGUGAUGUUGAAUGUCCGCGCAGCGGCCACCGCCGCCGCGAUGGCCUCGGGAGAUGGUGGGCCUGCGUCCGCCAUCGGGUCUCGAUGCCAGGGACCGGCGAUUCGGCUAUCUGUGGAAUCUGGGGAAUCGCAAAAGCCCGGAUGUUGAGACCCGAAGGUAAAAAACGAAAAAGGCGAAAAGACAAGAAGAUCACAGUUCAGGAAGACAUGGGACCCAUCUUGGAUUUGUACAUCGGGGGAAACAUUGACUAGCUAUCUGCACAUGGAAGGGAUCAACAAGAUUACCCUUUUGGCAGCUGAGGAGCCCAUCGGAGGCUUUGUGCCGCGACAAAAGGUGUAGGGGGUCUAAGGGGUGACGUGCAUGCCUCUUGUUUGCUUUUUUACUUGGUGAAAGAUAUGUUUUUCAUGCACAUUGGCAGACGGAACUUUCCUAGAACACCUUCGGGUCAGUCUGGCCGAUAAGCACCCCUCUGGGAUGCAACCUCGCAACUCUCUUGGGACCAAUGGCGGCAGUUGGGUCGGCCAGAACUUGUCGUCGGCAAAGCUGGAAUUGUUUAGCUGCAUGGGUUAGCAGUCUUGGAAGACCCAAGCCUCCACGCCGAUGUCCACUGUUGCAUUUUCAGGGGCGGCUUACGAAGUGUUGGGUUCCAUCACUAGUUGAAGCUGAAGUGUCAGGUUGCUCCGAGAGUUCAAGCGGCAUUUACAGUAUGUACAUACCCUUACCCUUACCCUUGCCUCUCCACCUAACAACUUCAGCGAGGCACUUGGGAAUAUCUCGACUUGACCGGCUCUCACUAUCCGUGCGGUAGCCGUUGAGGGAUUUCAAAGUCAGCAUCGGCCGAUGGAAUCCAACCGUUAUCUAUUGCCCCGCACUCAUUACCGGAUUAUCCACGAGAAACACCGUGGUCGGCGUUCUGUUGUACGAGGAGGUGGAGGAGGAGGCGGAGCUUCCAUGCGGACGGUAUGGACUAGAAUGGGACACUAGGCCGACCCUCGGAACAACCCCCGGCUCGGCUAGUGGAUGGAGUUGGUGUCUAGUAAUUUGGACCAGACUCCACCGCUCUUCAAAUGAAUUCAAAGACCAGUCUCCCUCUUACAGCACCGCCGUCCGGCCGCCUAUUCCCGUCCCAGCAGAACUAACGCCAGCUAACAGACACUCGGGUUUUGCCAAACAUUCGGCAAUGGCUUGGUGGGAAACUGGGAAUGGGGUGCCUGUCGCCAAGAUGAUGCGACUUUGACAAUAGUCCUUCUGCCGGCAGAGAUGGAAGGGGUAAGGCCUCCCGGCCGAGAAGGAGUGGCGCGCAUCAAUGCAACAGGCUAUUUGGUUCCGGGGGUUUGGGUCCAAUAAACAAACAGCGAUUGGACCCGACGGCUUGGGCCGCCCGCUCACACAUAUAACACCGCGGCACCGCACGUUCUCGUGGAGGCUUUUUCGGCGUUGCUUUUUGCAGGGCAACACUCUCGGUUCCUCUCUCUCCAGUCCCGUCCAGUCCUCGGCCACCCCAUCCGUCGCAUCAAAUCACAAUGCGCUGGCUCAAGAGCACUCUUGUCGCCGCGGCCUCGUGGUCCGUGGCUUCUGCCCAGCUCCUGGAGCAGGAGGAUCCAGACUUCACGCCAACUCCCAUCGAGUACGCCGUCGACACCUUGUCACGCGCUCCGGGCUGCAACAUUGCUGACUUUUGGCGUCUUGCCCGUCAACUGUCCCCCGGAACCGAGAUUCGUUAUCCCAACACCACCGAGUUUGACGCCGCCACCGAGAGAUGGUCCAACGUGGGCGGGGGUGUUCCCUACGUUGACAUUAGCGUCGCCCCCGAGACUGAGCAGGAUGUGAUGAAGCUUGUGCGCAUUGCCAACAACUGCAAUGUUCCCUUCUUGGCCUACAACGGCCGCCAUGGUGCCAUUACCACCUUGGGCCAGAUGAACUGGGGUAUUUCCAUCGACCUGAAGAAGUUGUCAGGUGUCAGCAUCUCGGGCAAUGGUCAGACUGCUACUGUCCUCGGUGGCACCAACUCCAAGGUCCUCAUCGACCACCUUUGGGCUGCCGGCAAGCAGGCCGUGACCGGUACCUGCGAGUGCGUCAGCUACAUGGGUCCCGCUCUCGGCGGCGGCCACGGAUGGCUGCAAGGCCACCACGGCCUCAUUGCUGAUCAGUUUGUCUCGGCCAAGAUCGUCACUGCCGAUGGCCAGCUCCGCACCGUCAGCUCCAACUCUGACCUGUGGUGGGCCCUCAAGGGCGCUGGCCACAACUUUGGUAUCGUCACUUCUGUCACCAUCAAGAUCUUCCCCAUUGUCCAUACCAACUGGGCCAUCACCACCUUGAUGUACACUGGUGACAAGGUCGAGGCUCUCUACCAGGCCGCCAACGACUACCUCCUCCAGAACGGCACCCAGCCUGUUGACAUCAUCAACUGGUCGUACUGGAUGAACAUUCCCCCCAUUGACCCCACCGGCCCCGUUGUUGAGUUUUACAUCAUCCAGGAGGGUGUCACUGCUGUCGACACUGCCUACACCGCCCCCUUCAUUGCUCUCGGCCCCAUCUCUGUCACCAACAACACUGGUACCUACAAGGAUGUCUCCAGCUGGGUCGGCAUCUCCCUCGAUGGACCCCCGUGCCAGAAGACCGGUGCUGCCAACCCCCGCUUCCCUCUGUACCUCCCCGAGUACAACCCCUCCGCCAUGGCCGAGGUCUACGAGGCCUUCAAGGAGGGCACCAACUCCUCGUCCCCCUUCGCCAACUCCCUCUUCAUGUUCGAGGGUUACUCCAUGCAGGGUGUCAAGGCUGUCGAUGCUGCCUCCACCGCCUAUGCUUUCCGCGAGGACAACCUCCUCACUGCUCCUCUUGUGCAGUACACUCCUGGCAAUGCCGCUCUUGAUGCCCAGGCCCAGGCCUUUGGCAACCAGCUUCGCAACAUCCUGCACGCUGGGAGCGGCCGUAGCCAGAAGCACAUUUACCUCAACUAUGCCUAUGGUGAUGAGACCAAGGAGGAGAUGUACGGCCACGAGAGCUGGAGAAGCGCCAAGCUUUUGCAGCUGAAGGACAAGUACGACUCUAGACGUCGUUUCAACUUCUACGGCCCUGCUGCUUAGGAUGCUGCGGAGGGAUGACAGAGGAGGAUAACCUAAUGAAGUAAUAUAUAUCAUCAAUUUUGUGUUUAGUAGAUAGUAAUGUCAUGUAACGACCGUCCUCCUUAGCGCUCCAUUUGAUCAGAAUAACGGCCGUCAAUUCCAUUUUGAUUCUUCAUUCAACCUGUGGCCGUUCGCUCAAUGAACAGUCUAUGUUUG